GUUUUUUUUUUUCUCACUUCAAACAUGUCAUCUUCUAAUUAUCAUUUACCAGCUAUUGCAGCAGUAGCUGGUAUUGCAUUAGCGGCUUCAGGCUAUGUUAUAUCAUCUACAACAAAUAAAUAUGAAUCUAAAAAAAGAAGACGAAGAAUAAAAUCAAAAAUACAAAGAGAACAAGAUGGUCAAUAUAUUUUAGGACUUGUUAAUUCGCAGAAUUAUUGUUUUCUUAAUUCCAUUUUACAAGCUUUUGCUACUUUAACGACUUUACGCUCAUACCUUGCUGAGCGUGUAGAUGAACAAGGCGAUGAUUCAGCACCUAUUUUACCACAAAACGAGUUUAUUUUACAAUCAGUAGCCUGUGCACUUUAUGCAACUGUAGAAUCAUUAAAUAGACCUUUACCAAAGCCAAAGUCAAUCACACCAACUGAUUUUUUAAGGGCUUUAGAACGCAAGUUAGGUGGUACUAUCAAUCGUGAUCAACAAGAUGCUCACGAAUUGUUUCAAAUUAUUUCAAGUGUCUUGACUUCAGAAGAAGAAGAACAAUACAAGCAGAAGGUUCCUUCUUUAUUAGAUGCAAAUACUCUAAGAGACUUUACAAUAAAUGGUGGAGAUAAUGACCCUAAUGGUGAUAAUUUUGAAACUUUAUCUGUUUCUUCGUUUGGUACAACGACAUCCAUGUGGAGUUCAUUUUCAGUUUGUACUGUAGGUGGGCAAUUACGUCCAAGAAGACGUAGUCCUCGAAAUCCAUUUACAGGUUUAGCUGCUUCAAAAAUUAGUUGUAUAAACUGUGGAUACACGGCGCCCAUUCGACAUCAUACAUUUGAUAAUGUUUCAUUAAAUUUACCUCUUACAUCAAAAUGCACAUUAGAAAGCUUGUUAGAAACUUACACAAAAGUUGAUAUUUUAACUGAUUAUCAAUGUAGAAAAUGUACUUUAAUAGCUACUUUAGAAGCCAUGAAUCAAGAAUUAGCCAAUAUUUUAGGAAAAGAUGAAGUCCGAGCAAAUCUAUUAAAAAUGGAUAUUAAAAGAAUAAAUGAUGCUCUAAGAUUGAAUAUUGAAUCCACUUUGUAUGGUAUUCAAUUAGUUACCCCUAAAAAAGUUUCACGUACAACCAAGCAAACAAUGUUUGCAAAUCCACCUAAAGCGUUAUGCCUUCAUUUAUCACGUUCAGUAUUUCAUCCUUCAGGCAUGAUUCAAAAAAAUCAUUGUCAAGUUGCAUUUCCAGAAUAUCUUGACUUAUCCCCUUAUACAACAAAUGGAUAUCUAAAUACAACAGAUCCCAGUGCUUCGCUUUGUUCACCACUACCUACACCUAUUUUACCUCAUACCCGUACGAGCCGAACUAGUCUUGUGUACUUACGCAAUAUGACAAGAGGUCAUCGAUUUAUUCAUUCACCCAAAUCAAAUACAGGGUUGGGAGUGGCUUUAUUAAACACCACUAAAGAAACAAUGGAUCGACCUAUUCAAAAUGCAUUACCUUCAUUAUCCGUUCUUCCUGUCUCUCGAAAGAUUCAGUACAAGUUAUGUGCAGUCAUUGUGCAUUAUGGUAAUCAUGAUUCAGGACAUUUUGUAACUUAUAGACGUAAGAAAUUACCUACUGGACAUGAAGUACGAAGUCCCUUUGAAGAAAGUGUAAAGCCUUCUACCAAAUUUUGGCGUUGUAGCGAUGAAAGUAUUGAAGAAGUUGAUCUUGAAACUGUAUUGCAGAGUGAAGCAUAUAUGUUGUUUUAUGAACGAGAAUAAAUUAUUAUAGAUAUACGUGAAUCAUUUUAUUUUUGUAGUGUAUUGUAUAAAAUAAAAUACAAGUAAUAAUAAUAAAAUGGGAAGGGAGAGAAAGAAAGAGGGGGAAACAAAAGAGAGGAUAACUUCAUAUUUAUUAAAAAUUGUAUUCAUAGACGAUCAUGAAAGAACAAGUGUAGUAUCUAGAAUAGACACUUUGAUUAUUUUAUUCAUAAUAAACAAAUACAUACAUUUUACUUUAUAAGUAGGCAAACUCGAU